AUGGCUUGUGGAGAAGGGACCACAUCAACAAAGACCAAAAAGGGGAGCAUUGCUCCAGAGGCUCAAUCCUUGGAAAAGGAGGAAGCGCCUAAGGAAUCUACCAAAAUCAAGAUUCCAGAAGCACCCAAACGCACCAGGGUGCCAGAUGCCGUCCAGAGGAAAUUGGCGGCUGAGAAACAGAAGGGUCCCCCACCCAGCAGAUUGGCACAGGAGUUGCGCAACUAUCAGGCAGAGAGGAAGAGGCAUUCCAUGGACGUAUAUGUCCAGAUCAUGGGCCUGGACUCAGGAAAAACGCGCAGAGUCAAGGCACUGCUUGAUAGUGGCUGCAGUACCUGCUGCAUUGACACCGACUACACAUGA